AUGUUGCCACUGUCUCACGAGGGCUCCUGCCGAGCCUGCGCUCUUGGUUUCCACCGUUACAUUAUGCGUCGAGCCCCGUUUCUAGCACCCAGCUUCGGCAACGGCGAGCUGCGUGGCUCCGGUCCGGUCCGAGUCGCAGUGAUGCUUGCCUAUCCCUUGCCAGAGGGCCCGGCCCUCUUGGGAGGCUCCUCGCCCAGUCGACCUGGGCGAGUGAAGCCGCAGAGCCCGCAAAGCCCGCAUGGCUGUUUGGGGGAUUCGGCCUUUUGCGCCCUUCGGGCCUGUCUGCCUGCCGCACUUCUGGCAAGGUCCUGCCGCAGAUUGGCUGGAGGAGUGCUGCGAUGCCCGCAUUGGCUGAAGCAGGCCAGAAGAGUCGCCCGCAGAGCGGAGGAAGAUCAGUUCGUGCAGAACAUCAAGGCGCUGAUGCCCAACAAGCAGGUGGUCUUGGAGGGAGACAGAUCACCCGAGCAAGAGGAGGAGAUGCAGCAGCUGGCCAGGGAGUACUUGGAGGAGCAAGGGAUAGACUUGGAUGAGAUGAAUGUGAAGGUUAUCGGAUUGCAAGACCAGACUAUGGCAGAAGAUCCGGAGAAGAAGUACCGAACAAACAAGACUUUGAUGAUGGAAACCUACGACCGUGGCGAGAUACAGCUCAUGGAGAUGACCUGCAAGGAACUGUUGGCCGUCAAGCCCCACGACGCGGAGGUCUGGCGGAUGCUCACCUUGGGCCGACUCCGCCUGAAGCUCUGGGACGUGGCCCUGGAAGCGGCUCGGCGGUGGAUUGCCUUCGAGCCGCAGUCGCUGAACCCUCGCUGCGCGGAAGCUUUCGCACAAGCCGGGAGCCAGGAGCUGGAAGGCGUGAAGGAAGCGCGUGUCCGGUUCGCGCAGCUGUACAAAGAAGUGACCGGCAUGGACUCCAAAGGCGAAGGCGUCCGUGAUGUUGCAGUUGAGCUGCAAGAGUGCGUCUGGCGAUGCGAUGAGCUGCUGGAGCACCGCAAAGCAGAGGAGCGGAAGGAGCAGAAGGAGGCCCAGGAGCCCCAGCCCUGCAACCUGAGCGCUCGCCCGGCCACGGUCCUCACCGGAGCGAGGCCGCCCCAUUAUUUUCUGCCAAACUUUGCCAACUCCAUCGGGCCCAUCAAGGUCGUCCAAGCAGACGAGGAGGAGUUGGGAGGUGGAGCGGUCCACCCCCGGAAGAUCGUUGUCACCAGGGAUGUGGAGGCAGGCGAGCCCUUGUUUGUGCAGAAUGCCUUGGCCUUCUCUGCCAUGGAUCAGGCUGGGGACACGGUGCGGCUGAAGACAGCCCUGAUCAUCGCCGCGACGUUGUCCCCAAGACAAGCCAAGCUUCUGGACAUCCUCUUGGACCGCAGCGACUGGGAGGACUCCGACAGCGAUGCCGUCAUGGCGGCCCUCGACGACCCGAAGGUCGUUCGGGAGUUUGGCCCCUGGAACUCCGACGCGGAGUCCAUGAUCGAUCACUUGCAGGUCUGCGAGCAGCUGGUCCUGGAGUCACAAAUCCUCACUGGCAAGAACUAUGCCGGCAUUUGGGUGCUGCCGGCUAUGGCACGACACAGCUGUGCACCUUCAGCUGUCUACACGAUCUGGGGCGACGUGAUGGUUGCACGAGCUUCGCGGAAUCUGAAAGCGGGAGAUGAGGUUACUUUCGGAUUUAUGGACCUUUGGCUUCGCUUGGACAUGCGCCAAGAGAAGUUCACCAACGCCGCGGGUGGCGACGGCUUCUGGUGCAGGUGCCCGCGCUGCGAGGGCGAAGCCACGUGGCCCUCAAAGGUGGCUGUGGCGUCGGCAGACCUUGAGCUCAGGUUCGAGAAGCAAAGGAGCCGGGUUGAGGGAAUCCUGCGUUCGCUGGACCUGAAGCUGGAAGAGAAGCGUCAGAACAUGCAGAAGCAGUACGACGCCAUACGCGACAGUGAGGAGCAGCGGAUCGAGUACGAAGCAGGACUACUGGGCUUGGCGGAUCGCUUCGACAACUUGAAGGGCAUGCCGAAGGACGAGGACAUCGAGGAGCUCCGCAAGUACUUCCCGGAGAACAACGAGCCAGAGUUGGUCGAAGUGCGGGCCGACUUGGCCGAGGACCUCCUGGAUGCGAUCAUCACCUUCGAGAAGGAGGUGAAUGAGAGCGACUUACCAGAGGAGCAACGCCACUGGGUGCUUGCGAAUCACUUCGCGCAGUACAGCGAGCUCCUGGCCAUCUUGCGCUUGCGCCGCGAUGUCGAGGGCCAGCGCAGGGCGCUGGGAGGCAUCCUGGACGCCGUGGCAGCGACUCAUCCGGGCAGCUUUGAGCACCUGCGGCUUUCGGUUCUGCUCUGGGAGGUCUCGGCCCAGUGCGAAGAUCCGACCCUGAUGCGUGAGGACCUUGUUCGGGACCUAAUCCCAAAGGAGCUGGACAGAGUUCGGGAAGCAAUCAAAAUCAGAUAUGGGCGCGAUCUCGAUGACACAGAGGUGAGUGCCACAAUGGCCAGGAUUGCUUCGACAAGCAUCAUUGACGAGAACUGGAUGUGGGACAUAACGUGGUGUGCGGGACGGAAUUAUGCUCCCGAGCCCGCACGGGGUCCUUCUGGCAAGGUCUUACCGGUGCUGGGCUCUUCGAUCCUGGUGUGA